AUGGACUUCGACAGCCCUUCGAUUUCCCGGGCCUCGCGCGCCUCCCACAAUGAGCGGCUCCCGGCUGGGUCGCCGGCCUUUCUCCCUCCGCGGAGGCGGCUCCUUGUCUCGAAGACACGACCUUCACAGGCUGUCAAACGUCAGGACUCUUCCAGUGAGUCGGAGCAGCUUCCAGCAAAAUCCUCACGCUGCUCCAACUGUGGUCAUUUGCUGACGGACAUGGACCUGGUUUUCUGCCCGCACUGCGGGCAGAGGCGCGCAGGUGGCUUGGACAUGGCAGCUGCCUUCGAUGCUGUUAGGAAUGCCGUCGAGGAAGAGAAAGCCAGGCAAUCUCGCACAGCCUCGACUGCCGUCUUGCACUCCUUGGAAGCAGUGGCCAUGGUGGUACAGGAUAUGCUUCAAGUGAAGUAUGGGCUUGUCCUGGAUGAGGCGGACCUUUUCGCUAAGCUGCGGCACCAUUGCAAUGGUUCCACUCCAGAGGAGGUCGUUAGUCUCUUCAACUCUCAAAGAGACCUUCACUUCCGGACCCGGGGCUGCCAGCGUCUCCUGGCCUUGCAGCUGGACUGGAAGCCGAUGGACUUCCCGCAGCUCUGUGCCAUGGUGAAAACGAUGCCCGGAACGGCCUCCGGCGUCGCAGCGGCACAGGAGACCGUGGGAGAAGGCACUGCAGCUCCGGUAGCCAUCGCCGUUUUCCGCGAGGCCUACGGCGCAGACGGGCCAAAGAUGUUGAUGGGCCGCUGCGGGGGAUCCUCGGCCCCACCGCUGCUUGCACUCAACGCCCGUAACCUGCGGCUCGCCGGUCUCAUCGAGCCGCGGAUCGUCAGCGAGCUACGCACCGCUGGGCCUUCCAAGAAGCCCGUGGAAAGGACGGCCCCUCCUUGGAGGGAUGAGUACGUGAGCGCCACCAAGGCGCAGGACUCCGCCCUCUUGGAACGUUCUGUGCCGAAGCUGGACCUCUCGGAGGCACCCAGGAAGGCCCUUAGGCGCCCGUCUCCACGGCGGAAGGACGAGAAGGGAGGAAGCUCGGCUACCAGCAGCGCACGGCUGACGCAGUGCAGCACAGAGGCCAGCCGGAGCUACAGCCCCGAGCGGCAACGCCUCUCUGGGCCCCAUGGGCCCCUUCCCUUCGCCAACCUGCAGGUGUCCGGUCCCGGACCGGGAUUGGAGCCGCCUAUGGGCUUGGGGCUGUAUCAGGAGCCGGCACCCUGCCCAAUGGAGCCAAUAACUGUGCUUCCUCAGCCAUCUCAGCCGGCCUGGGCUCAGCCGCAAACGCCCCGUCUCAGUGGUCUCAUGGGCCUGACGCCGCCGACAGGCCUGGAUGUGCCCAAGCUGACACCCCGAGUUUUGGCUCCACCUUCACCUUGGAUGUGA